GUGUAAACUAACUGUGAGCGCUCUCGAGGUGUGAGGAACUGAAAACGGCUCUUCGCGUGGCCCGAUAAAAAGCCACUGCAUCCAGUUGUAUAACAAAUAGACAAACGUUUCAGCGUGAGUAUUUACUCGGUAAUGUCGGCAGCAACAUCUGUGGAAACGGAUCGGGCUAUUGGCAUAUGCUGUCAUCUUGUGAUAAGGUGUAGCUGUCUCCAUGGCGACCAGCGUGGUUCCCGGGGACAACCUGCCCACAUAUAAGCUGGUUGUGGUGGGAGACGGAGGCGUGGGGAAAAGCGCUCUCACCAUACAAUUCUUCCAGAAGAUCUUCGUCCCUGACUACGACCCCACCAUUGAGGACUCGUACCUCAAACACACCGAGAUUGAUGGACAAUGGGCCAUUUUGGAUGUUCUGGACACGGCCGGGCAGGAGGAGUUCAGUGCCAUGAGGGAGCAGUACAUGAGGACCGGAGACGGAUUUCUCAUCGUCUUCUCAGUCACUGAUAAAGCCAGUUUUGAACACGUGGACCGUUUCCACCAGCUUAUUCUGAGAGUGAAGGACAGGGAGUCGUUUCCCAUGGUUCUGGUGGCAAAUAAAGUUGACCUGGUGCAUUUACGCAAGAUCACUAGUGAGCAGGGACGAGAGAUGGCCUCCAAACACAGCAUCACAUAUAUUGAGACGAGUGCAAAGGAUCCGCCCAUGAAUGUAGACAAAGCGUUUCACGAGCUCGUCAGAGUAAUACGUCAGCAGAUCCCAGAACGGGGUCUGAAGAAGAAGAGGAAAGCCAAAUGGCGGGCGGACAGACCUUCGGGUUCCCAGAGGCUGCACUGCGUCUUACUGUGACCGCACACCCUCUAUCUCUGGGCGUCAAUGCCGCGAUGAUGACUCCAAGACUCGGACUGUUAAAACACACACACACGUGCGCACACACAAACACAGCUAUGAUAAUAUCCAGGAACUAGAGAACACAGCUUCAAUAUUCAAUAUAAUGUGGAAUUUGAGGCAAUUUUAAUGGGAUUUUCCAAGCAGGUGAAAAAUGACAGGAUUCUAGCGCUGUUCACUCAUGUUAUUUCUCAGAGAACAAUUCAGAGACAAACUUUCUGAGGCCUUGUUUUGUAUUGUGUUUCUAUAUUUAUUGUGCUGAAUUCUAUAUUGUUAAGUGAUUGUUAAUACAGCGUAACGGCUUUGAAAACGACCUGUUCUUGGAAUAGACGUCUGUACUGAUCAGAAUUACAGUUGCGCAACGGGCAUAUAUAGAUGCACUCAGAAGAGAGGGGGAAUACUAGUUACCAUGGUUACUAUAGUUUUAUGAAUAAAAUUAAGAUACAUUUCCAAAACAGCAAUAGGGUUAUGCAUAUGACACUAAAAUAAUACAAUUAACAUAUAAAGUAAAAAUUUUACAUGAAAUUAUAUAUUUUAUAACCAUUUCAACAUCAUUUUACCAUAAAAGUGCUCACAUUGUCUUAUUAAAUAUGUUUUACCAUAUAUGGUAAGGUAACAUGAGCUCAUCCAAUAAGCAGUUUUUUUUCUGUAGCAUUUUUUUCCUGUUAAAACAUUACUCCAUUUUUACAGUGUAACUUUAGCUAUUUUUUAGAAAAAAUGAUUUUAUAGUUUAUUUUAGUCAAUUGGAUAGCAGAAAAUAUACAAAAAUAAGGUGCGUUCACGCCAUGUUGUAAUUACCGUAAUGACGAGAUUUCAACUUGUAAAAAGUGCUCACGUCUAGGGCUGUGACAUAACAUCGAUUUGCGUUACAAACAAUCUGGAGAUAUUUUCCGAUGUAUCACGAUUCUCUCUCGAAUCGAUUCUGAGCUUCGUUUUUUUAACACUACGUGCUUUAGAAACACCCGUACUCUUGCUUCCAGUUCCUUUACUCACACCACUUCAACCUAAAAUAAUCAUUCAUAAAGUUUGAAAAGGUUGAAGCAAAUUACAAGAAUGUUAGCAGUGGGCUGUGUUUACAUUAAUCUAGCGCCAUAAAAGCAUUCUGAGCUGAGGUCCAAGUAUAUUUAACCACUUACGUGACUCAGCCGAGCGCACAAUUGCUCUCCAGCACUCUUCUUCAUGAGCAUUUGAGUGUGCGGUUAAAAACUAGCCUAGAGCGCCAUCUGCUGUUAAAACUAAGCUCAGAAUCGAUUCGAGAGAGAAAAUAUCAGAAUCGAUCCAAAUUCACUGUAUCGUGAAUCAAGAAUCGAUGUAUUGUCCCAGCCCUAAUGUCCUCAUAGAGUUCGUAAAUAGUUUGUAAGAUAGGGAUUUUCUGAGAGCUCCUACAUGUAUCAUGUGACCACUGCUGAUAAAUUUAGGCGUUGAUAGCGUUGCCAUAGAAAUGCAUAAUUCCCAGUCCGAGGAUGUGAACAGCUCCGAAUAGAACCUCACGUGUCGUAAUCUCGAUGUUACGGUAAUUACGACGUUGCGUGAAAGCAGCAAUACCUUUCAGUAUUCUCUUUCUGAAAAGCGCCAAACCUGAUCUCACAGGAAAACGUAACUAUGUUACGAGGUAGCGCUUUCGUAUGAAUUCGUACAAUGUGAAACGUACAAAAACGUACAAUUAUUAAGCAUGAAGGCCCAUCCUAACGCCACCCCAAUCCUAACCACAAAUAGGGAGUAAGCAGAUCAUACAAAAAUGUAUAAAUAAGAUUGUACGAAUUAAUAUGAAUUAGCCAUCAAUUCGCCAAAACGUAAAAUAGUUACGAUUUGUCAUGAGAUUCUUAAUUUUCUGCUUAGAAACAAUAGGUAACUAUGGUAACCGGAAUUUGUUCACCCGGCGCUAAACCACGCCCCCAAUGUGUGAUGCAUUGCUGACCGUUAUCUAUAAAAACUCAAGGAAAGGUUAAGAUUAUUAGAUCAAGAUCUGUAAGACAUCAGCUGAUUGUAGAUCAAGACUAUCACAAUUAAAGUUUUGUACAUUUAAUGCCUGAUCUCAAUUACGUUGCCAUAAAAACUGAGUCAAUCAGUAAUUGCACAAAAACGUUACAGUGUUACAUUGUGUCUUUGAUGCUUUUGUUACAUAGUUACAAUGUAACAUUCUACAUUGUGACAUCAAGGAACAUUAUGAAGUCAUUGGAUCAAGGGAGGCGUUCUGCCUUGAUCUCGCGUUUAUUUUUAUUUUUUUCGCUUGUCUUGAAUGCAUUGUCACUUUAUUUUGAAUGUUUUCGCUCGUUUCGAAGUUCUCAUUGAUGUUUUGAAUGUAUCGUAUGUUAUUCUAUACGCCAGUUUUGCUUUUUGUUGUUUCAGAAAGUACAGCUUUAGUGUUUAGCAUAUUAAAGGAACAUCGUCCAAGUAGUUUGUUUUGUGAUUCGUCUGCUCUUGUUUUUCCUACGUGUUAUUUUAAUCUUACGAAAGCAGAUCUGUUUUAUUUCAGAGACGGGAUGUCCUCCUGACAUUUUCAGUUUUGUUUGAAACUUGGUGCAAGUUUUGUGAUUCAGUUAUUACUGGAUUUUUUUUUUUUUUUGCUAUUAUUUUUUUUUUAAGUAAUUUAUUAUACAAAUUCUAUGUAUUCUGUGAUCAUGUUUGUAUGAAGACGAAGAUCAUUAAGACCAAUUAAGGCCAAAAACAUGCUCUGAAAAAGAAGGGAUUUUUUUGCAUCAGAAAUAUUGUAAGAAUUUGUAAAGUGGAAUAUAAACAUAUUAUAAUAAAAAUCUAAUAAAACAA